CAACCCCUUGUCCGCCCCUCCGCUGGCUCUGUCACGCCUGGCGACUCCUCCCGGAGACGCCGCCGCCAGCAGCAGCGCCGAGCCGAGCUGGGGAGGCAGGAGAAAGUGACACGCUCCGCGCGCGGGAGGCGGCUGCAGCUGCUCGGUGCGGGCACCUCGGGGGUUCGGUGUGUCCUCGCGGUUCUGUUCACCUACACUAAGGCUUUGUCUACACUGCUGGGAUAUCUUGUUGAAGCUGAACAUGUUCUCGCAUCUCCACUGUUGACGUCUAGCGCAGAAUAGAUAUUCCAGACAGAAUCAGUAGAUCCAUUUGCAGUAGGACCAUCAUACAUUAAUACAAGAUGGAAGACACAUACAAAGACAGGACUUCAUUAGUGAAAGGGGCUAAGGACAUUGCCAAGGAGGUGAAGAGACAAACUGUAAAGAAGGUGAAUAAAACGGUAGACAAAGUUCAGGAUGGGUAUACGCAGAGAUCCUACAAACAAUUCAAGGAUGAGGAAGAUGAUGAAGACUACUAUACACAAGGAGGAAAUUAUGAUGGAGAAGCCAAUGAUGAUGAAGGGUCAAGUGAAGCAACUGAAGGGCAUGAUGAAGAUGAUGAGAUUUACGAGGGGGAAUAUCAGGGAAUCCCAAACAUAGGGCAAGGCAAGGAUGGAAUAGUGGCCCUGCAGCAGCCCAUCCAUGAUGAAUAUAAGGACCGUCAUGAACUGGAAACAGAAAGGAAAGCUGAUGAAGAGGAGCUAGCGCAGCAGUAUGAGCUGAUUAUACAAGAGUGCGGACAUGGCCGUUUUCAGUGGGCCCUCUUCUUUGUUCUUGGAAUGGCACUAAUGGCUGAUGGGGUAGAGGUUUUUGUGGUUGGAUUUGUGUUGCCCAGUGCUGAGACAGACAUGUGCAUACCCAAUUCUGGAUCAGGAUGGCUAGGUAGCAUAGUGUACCUUGGGAUGAUGUUGGGGGCAUUCUUCUGGGGAGGCUUGGCAGACAAGGUGGGAAGGAGGCAGUCUCUCCUGAUAUGCAUGUCUGUCAAUGGAUUCUUUGCCUUCCUGUCAUCAUUUGUCCAGGGCUAUGGCCUCUUUCUCUUCUGUCGCUUAUUUUCUGGAUUUGGGAUUGGUGGAGCUGUUCCAACAGUGUUCUCGUAUUUUUCUGAAGUUCUUGCUCGAGAGAAGCGUGGUGAACACUUAAGUUGGCUUUGCAUGUUUUGGAUGAUCGGAGGCAUCUAUGCUUCUGCCAUGGCUUGGGCAAUAAUUCCUCACUAUGGGUGGAGUUUUAGUAUGGGGUCUGCCUACCAGUUUCACAGCUGGAGAGUAUUUGUAGUCGUCUGUGCACUGCCCUGUGUCUCCUCAGUAGUAGCACUCACUUUCAUGCCAGAAAGUCCAAGGUUUCUGCUGGAGGUUGGAAAACACGAUGAAGCUUGGAUGAUUCUCAAGCAAAUUCAUGACACUAACAUGCGAGCUCGUGGGCAGCCUGAAAAAGUCUUCACAGUUAACAGAAUAAAAACUCCCAAACAGAUAGAUGAGCUCAUAGAAAUUCAGAGCGACACAGGAACCUGGUACAGAAGGUGUUUUGUUAGAAUCCGCACAGAGCUAUAUGGGAUUUGGUUAACAUUUAUGAGAUGUUUCAACUAUCCAGUCAAGGACAAUACAAUCAAACUUACAGCUGUAUGGUUCACGCUGUCUUUUGGGUACUAUGGGUUGUCCGUCUGGUUCCCUGAUGUCAUUAAACAUCUGCAAUCGGACGAAUAUGCAUCCAAAGUGAAACAUUUUAACGGAGAGAGAAUUGUAGAUUUCAACUUCAACUUCACAUUGGAAAAUCAGAUUCACAUGAAUGGAUCAUACAUCAAUGACAGGUUUAUUAUGAUGAAGUUUAAAUCAGUAACCUUUGAAGAUUCCCUUUUUAAGAAUUGCUUAUUUGAGGACAUUACUUCUGUGAGCACAUACUUCAGGAACUGUACUUUUGUGGACACCAACUUCUCCAGCACAGAUCUCGAGCAAUAUAAAUUCAUUGACACUGAAUUUAUAAACUGCAUAUUUAAGCACAACAAGACAGGAUGUCAGAUUACCUUUGAUGAUGACUACAGUGCUUAUUGGAUUUACUUUGUUAAUUUCCUGGGAACUUUGGCUGUGUUACCAGGAAAUAUUGUAUCUGCUCUUCUGAUGGACAGAAUUGGACGUUUAACGAUGUUAGGUGGUUCUAUGGUACUCUCUGGAAUUAGCUGUUUUUUCUUGUGGUUUGGUACCAGUGAAUCCAUGAUGAUAGGCAUGCUGUGUUUGUACAAUGGUCUCACCAUCUCAGCAUGGAACUCCCUUGAUGUCAUUACUGUGGAACUGUAUCCUACAGACAGAAGGGCAACAGGCUUCGGCUUUUUGAACGCACUAUGCAAAGCAGCAGCUGUACUUGGAAACUUAAUAUUUGGUUCCCUUGUUGGCAUCACCAAAGCAAUCCCCAUUCUUCUAGCUUCAACUGUUCUAGUGUGUGGAGGUCUGGUGGGACUUCGACUUCCUGACACAAGAACCCAGGUGUUGAUGUAAAACUGGA